AUGGCGUCUGAACAGAGCAAUGAUUCUAAGCUGGACCAAUUCUAUUCCAGUCGCGAGAAGGAUUUCGUAGAACUCCAUGACCAAGUACAGACUAGUGUCAAACUUCUCGAUUCCUUGGAAACAUUCCUUUCCACAUUUCAGAAGGACCUCUCAGCGGUAUCAGGGCAAAUAUCAGAACUUCAAGACAGAAGUAAAGACAUCGACAAUAGGCUCAAGAGUCGUCGCAAAAUCGAGAAGCCGCUAUCCAGUUUGAUAACUGACAUUGCGAUAUCACCGUCAAUUGCGACUAUUAUCUUGGACACUGACGUCGGGGAACCCUGGAUUGAUAUUAUCGAUGACUUCGAGCGGAGACUAGAUACAUGCAAAACGCGAGCACGAGUGAAGGCAGCGAGGGACGUUGGUGAAGUUGCAGAGGGUCUACGGAUAGUCGCAGCAUCCAAGACACGUGCUUUCUUCCUUGCCCUCUUUCAACCCAUACACAAGAGCGUCACGACAAACAUGCAAGUCAUCCAGACAUCUGUAAUACUGAAGUAUCGACCACUAUUCGCGUUCCUCCAGCGACAAGCUCCAGAUGUCGCUCAUGAAAUUCAAAGGUCUUAUGUUAGCUCGGCGCGAGUCUAUUAUGAGACUGGCUUUCGCCGUUAUGCACGAAGCCUGGGAUGGGUCAAGGCUCGUUCAGCGCAGAAAUACGAGCCAAUAACAUCAUCGGAGCAGAAAUCCAUAUCCAUCAAUCUUGAACGGCUAGCGUACGGUAAGAUAGAUGGACCUAGUGUCACAUUGGCGUAUAUGGCGGAUGAUAAAACAUACACCGAGCCCAUAGAAGCGCUAUUACGAUCCUUGCUUCUCGUUUUCAUGGAUAACGCAACUGCGGAAUAUACCUUCGUGAAGACCUUCUUUCCUGUGCAAACACCACGUCCUCCUCUAGACUCAGAAAACAACCUGUCACCUGCGUUUUCGCCCACUGAUAACAACUCUUAUGCCGGCUCUGAAUUUGGUGGUCUUCGGACGCCGAUGCCUCCUUCUAUAUCAGCUCAACUGGCGUCUUUGAAGGAGGAACAAGCAGCUACGGAUGCUACCUGGAAACAGAUAUUUGACCCCGUACUUGAAUACGUACAGACCUUCGUCCGUUCUGCACUAGAACCCGUCCCUUCUCUCAUUCCACUUCUCACCAUGAUCCGCAUCAUCGAAGAUGUUGCGGCAGAAAUUGAAAACCGCGCAUGUCCUGCUGCUGUGACGUUUAUGUUUGGCGUUCGCAUGGAUCUAUGGCCAGUUUUUCAGAAGGUAAUGUCUGAAAAUAUCGAUGGUGUAAAGAAACUUGCGGAGGGGGGCAGCUCGAGUUAUUUCAGUCGUGCUACUGCUUUGACAGAACCCACCGUCGUGAACAUCUGCCACCACUACAUCGUCAUUUUCAACUCUUUCGUCGCCUUGACGGAGCAGUCAGAUGAAACCAUGAUCUUCUCAAAUCUUCUGCGUUUAAGACAAGAGCUUGCCAAGUUGAUUCAACGUUACGUUAAUCAAAUCAGCGACAGCAUAGCUAAAGCUACGGCACAGUCGGCCAUGUACGAGACGUUAUUACAAGGACUGAGUAAAGGCAAUCUCUUCGCAGCACAUCCUAAAUCUCAGCUAGAGUUGGCGUAUUGGUCCAACCUAGAAGAGGAAGCGCGGCGUAAGAUAAUAUCCGCACAACAAGCUAAACAGCGACGGUAG